GGUGAUUUUUUAUGAACGGGAUCGGGUGGAAUCGACUCGACUUGACUUGAACUGACGUUGUGUUGCUAAGAAAAGAAGGUUCCAAAGAGUGAAAUGCUCCGUAGUGUUGGCAAUGAUUGGUCCUGAGCGUGCCAUCAUGUUCACGUCCAUGUCGGGGGUUUGGCUGUUCCUGGGUAGAGAGAGCAUAGAUCAUAGAUCAUAGAUCAUAGAUAGUUACUAAGGAAGGGAAAAACGAGGCGUGCACACUUUACAUUUACACACUUAUUAUUAUUAUUCACUAUUGCACUGAUUACAUUUACGCUUGCACAAUUUCUCUUUUUCAUCUUUCCCCUUCCUCCUUUCCUCUUCUUUUUUAAUUCCUUCACUUCCCCUCAACCUUCCUUCCAUCUCUCUUCACAAUACAACGUGAAGAAAGUAUCGACAACUCUUCCCAAAGGCUUUAAUAACCAGAGACAAGACAACAACAAACAAACGCUCCUUCCUUCGGGAUAUCCACAUUCUUUUUAACAGCAGCUCCCUCCAUACACUCACUCCUCCACAGGUUUUAAUCAGCUUCACUCUUUUUAGUUGAUUUUAACCGUCCAUUCUUUCGAAAGGCCCAGCCCAAAUUCAGUUCUGGAAGAGAUCUCAAAUAAAUCCCAAAUCUUAGGAGAUUCAGCGAAUAUUACUCCAAUCAUUCAUUACCUUGGUAGCCGUCGAUUGUUGCUCUUGUCUUGUUUGGAACUUCUUACUCUUUGUAGCCACAGCCGUAACCAACGUCAAUACCUUCUUCGAUUUUUGCUAUUGUGUGCAUGACAUCGAUACCCGAUUACGACCCAUUAAACGACAACUCGACGCAAUAAUAUUUACCAUACCAGUCAUUCAUUUACAUAAUCAUGGAUUCGAUAUCAAUGCUCAAAACUAGAUCUAUUCUCCACGUCCGUGACGACUCUUCAACUACCACCAUGUCAAACUCAAUGGUUGAUCUUCUGAUUGCCUUGAUGAUCUUGGUAUUCAUUGGACUUUGUUUAACCGGCGCUUUAUACGUUGUGCGCAAGCUGCGACGUAACAGAGCCGUUGCUCGUCAGCAAUUGCCUUUACAUAACGAGGCCCCAAGAUCACACCACCGCCGAUUGACUAUUACGGCUACUCCCUAUGGUGGCCGCGGCUCCACCAUUCAUGUCUAUGACGAAAAAUCGUCCAUGAUGGACUCCGACCGUGCACCACUCUCGCCCGAAGACGUUCCUGAAAUUCGCAUCACCUUCCCCGAUGAGCAUGAUGAAUCUACAGGACACAAGAAAAGCGGUCGUGUGGUUGUUGUUCGUGUCGGAGAAACUGGCGUUGGUCUUGAGCCUUUGAAGGAACAGGAUCAACUGCCUGCUUACGAAAAGGAAACCGGAGGAACUAGAUUUCAAUCCAUCGAUAUGGAUCGCAUCGGUGGCUUGAAGGAGAAGGAGAGCUGGUCAUAAAUUACAUGACUUUGCUUCCUUUUUCUUUCUGUCUGGACCUACCUCUCCCAAAAUCACAUGAACAUACGGAGGAUCCUCAUACAUUCAUCUUGCAUAUAAAAUUCCUUUCCCCCUUCAGCGUCUCAUCAUCACGCAAUGUUGUAAAUGAUGUCGUCUCCUCGAACUCUAUUCAGUUACAUAACAACACCAAACUUUUGUCUCUCGAACCGGCUCAUCGACCAUUGUUUUCCCCAUUACCGCAAUCAACUUUAUGAACGGCGAAGCAAGGUGUUAUCAAGGCAGGGUUUAGGGCAACUGGCGUCGUUCGUACAUGUACCUCGAUACCCUUCUCGUUAGAAUUCGUGGUGGAUCAAUUUCUUUUUGUAGGUUGGAACAGGAAAGAAAAAAAGGAAAGAUUCACACCACCUACCUCCCCUGCCUACUUUUCGAGGUAAGGGAGUGGAGCAUAAAGAAACCUCUUUCUCGAACAAACUAAAAAGAUCAAGAUCAAGAUAAUUGUACUUAAUGUAUUCUACGUAAUUUUCUUCAAAUUAUGAGAGCACCUGUUCAUUCAAAUGGCUUUUGUUCUUUAUUUUUCCUUUCGAUUUUCCUUUACUUCUUUUUUCCUUUUCACACUUUUCUUUUUUCAUUUUGUCUGCCUACUUACUUCUUGGGAGUGAAGAGAAGGCAGGUUUACAAACUUACGGAUAUAUGUGGAAAUAAGACCACACACACACACAGAGAGAGAGAGAAAUUACCUACUAAAGGACUUACCUUUUUACAGUUUAUGAUGAGAUUAAUGAAUGAUCUUAAUGUUUUUA